CGGCCAGCCAGCCAAGGCCGGGAGCGGGAACCGGCAGCGGGAAGCGGCCACCGCCCGGGCAGCACGACCUAGGCAACAAGGCAAGGCGAGCGGGGCGGGGCGGGACGCCACUGGAAGGGGUGGCCGAGCUACCCGGGGACCGACCGACCCGAGCCGCUCUCCCAGCGCCAGCCACGAUGGGGCUAGAGACCGAGAAGGCCGACGUGCAGCUCUUCAUGGCCGAUGACGCCUACAGCCACCACAGUGGUGUCGAAUACGCAGAUCCCGAGAAGUAUGUGGACUCGAGUCAUGAUCGGGAUCCUCACCGGCUCAACUCGCAUCUGAAGCUAGGCUUCGAGGAUCUGAUUGCAGAACCUGAGACUACACACUCUUUUGACAAAGUGUGGAUCUGCAGCCAUGCCCUCUUUGAAAUCAGCAAAUAUGUGAUCUACAAGUUCCUGACGGUGUUUCUCGCCAUCCCCUUGGCCUUCGUUACAGGGAUUCUGUUUGCUACCCUCAGCUGUCUGCACAUCUGGAUCCUAAUGCCUUUUGUGAAGACCUGCCUAAUGGUCCUGCCUUCCGUGCAGACAAUAUGGAAGAGUGUGACAGAUGUUGUCAUUGCCCCGUUGUGUACAAGUGUAGGUCGCUGUUUCUCAUCUGUCAGCAUGCAACUGAGUCAAGACUGACAACUGAGACCCAGGCCCAGAUGAUUGGAUGCUGUAGCACUUGAUGAUGUAACACUGAAGCACUGCUGUUCUCUUCACUGCCCAAUUGUUAGAAUCAAGAAGACUGUCAAGAGGGGACCCAUGUUCAUAAAUGUUCAAUGACAGAUCUUAAUAAAUAAUGAUUUCCCCUAUAAAAGCCAAGGAUUUCAUAUCUAGUUCUAUAACAAGUAUUGGCAACACUCCACUUAUGAGCAGAUAGGUUUUGCUUUAGUAGAAAACAUGCAUUUGUAGUGAUGACUUGAUAAUGGUCAAGGGGAAAUUUUCUCAAAUACUACAGUAAUUUUGUGCAUAAAUGCUCAUAAAAGUAUGGGAUUUCUUAUUUUCUUUUACUCUAGGAGUAAUGCUUUUAAAAAUUACUUUACAGAUAGCGUCAUAAGGCUAGAGAGGUAAUAUAUACAAACAUUCUAGAAACUUCAUGCAGUAACAAACACAUAUACUUAUGAUAAUAACUAUCAAAUAUAAUAAGACAAAUGUGAAAAUGUGUUCCUCUGAGUUAUUAUUAGCCUGUAAUCAUAUUUAACAAGAUGUUUCAUUUUGCUGUAUAUUUUGUACCUAAUGCAAGUGUUCCUCUAAUCAAAGUGCUUUAUGUUUUGAUACAUUUAUAUCAUCUUAAUUGUUCUCAUAUAUAAAUUAAGCAUAGAUACCACAGUGUAACUUUCUUUGUAAGAUUGGCCUGUCACAUAUGAGAACUUUUGCAGCUUCUUUGGAAUUCAGUGUAAAAUGAGCUGUCUAUGUUUCCUCUCUAACUUUCCCAGCAAAUGUUUUAUGACUGGGGUUUAUCUGGCUGUGACCUUAAGACAGGUAUUUGCUUUUGUUUACUGGACUUUUUUCUCCCAUAUAGUUAGAAACUUAAUCUGUAUUCUACAUUCCAAUGAAUGCUUCAAUUACUUUCAAGUAAUUCUGGUGCUAGUUAAUAAUAUUUUUAUAACAAACUAACAUCUAAGUACAAUUUUUACUACAGUGGCUCAUGUAGAGAAACUUAUAGGAGAAUUAACAAUUGUGAGGGUUUAUAAUACUAAAACAUAUAUACAAAUUAAUAGCUAACAAUUACAAAUCUUCAAGAUGUUCUCUGAUAUGAAUUUGUUGACCGAUAAAAUAUUAUCCUGUGCUUUUUCAAUUGUAGAGCCCUAAUUUAACAUAUACUCACUAUGGCCUUUAAAAAAAAAGUUGACAUGUAAAAAGUUUCUACAUUAUAAUUACUAUAAGUUUUCAAAUUCCAGAAUUAUUAUCAAAACCUGGAUUGUCAUUUGCUUAAAUAUGCUCAUGGGUGUCAAAUCUUCAUUCAUUGAAAAUUAAGAAAAAUUUUUUCAGUAUUUCCAAUUCUGGUCAGUAUUAUGCAUGGGUGACUGAAUUGGAAUUCUAUUACAAACCAGAUCAAAUGAUCAUGUCAAGUAACUAAGUUGUAAAGCUCAUACAUUUUUAAGGUAGUCACAAAAGGAACAUUUCAAACUGACCUCAGAAGAGACAUCAUACCCUGGUAAUAGCCACAAAGUGUUGCCACUAAC